UUGCAGAGUGAAGCAAUUUCAUGUAGCAGGACAGAGUAUGAGAAAGAUGGCAGAUGCUGUUCACUGUGCAGGCCAGGACAAAGACUGGAUAAAGAUUGUACCGAGAGCAGUGAAUCAGUUUGUGUGGACUGCAAAGAUGGGGAGUAUCAAGAUAAGUGGAACCAAGAAACAGAUUGCCUCCCACACCAAUAUUGUGGUGAAAAUCUAGGAUUUCGGAAGAUAAGCGAGGGCACCAGGGAGAAAAAUGUAGACUGUGUUUGUCAAGAUGGCAAGCACUGCUCCAGCCAACAAUGCGAGACCUGUAUGUCGAAUAAGCGCUGCAGCCCAGGACACGGAGUCACACAGAAAGCUGACAGAUAUUCAGACACUGAGUGUGUACCAUGUCUAGAUGGAACCUUUUCUAAUGUUACAUCGGACACAGAGCCAUGUAAGGACUGGCAAAGCUGUACUAAUUCACAACAACAAAUUCGUCCUGGAACCAACAAAAGUGAUGCUGUCUGUGGUCCUCGUCCAAAAAACAGUACUUGGAUUUAUAUUGUAGUGGUGCUGACAGUGCUCAUCAUCGGUCUAGUAAUUUUCUUCUUUGUUAGAAAAAGACGAAGAGGAAAGAAGGUCAAGGUGAAACUUGAAAUAGAGGAUACACAUGAAAAGGGCAAUGAGAAUCACCUGUUGAAUAUACCCAAUGAACCCAACCUUCCUGUAGAAGACCUAGAUGACCAGGACAUUACAAUGCAAGGACUGCCUGUGGCUCAGGAGGAGGGGAAAGACUAUCACAUGUCACAGGAGGAAAAAUGA